GUUGGUCGUGCAGUGGGGCGGAGGGGGGCUGGUGUUAGCAGGACAGGCCGCCGCCUCGCACAUCAUCAGUCUGAAGAGGAGUCGCGUUGAUCUCGGGGCCUUUACUUCCGUCGUUUUAUAUCCCGCUGGAUGAACACCGAGGGCCCGCUGCUGUCCGUGUGUUCGUGCGGUGCAGGGUGUAGGAACACUACCCGUGAUUCCUCUGGACAAAUCAAUCCGAGCUCUGCUGGAGCUUCGGGAAACUUAUUUUUUUUUUUUUUUCUACGCACCACAGCCUGGAUCUCAGCUCAGCCCCCGAAACAGGCAGACGUCAGAGACCUCGCCUGCCGCCCGCCGCCGCCGCCGCUGCUUCUUAAUUCUAUCUAAUCGCAGCAUUGUUUGUGGGGAUUUCCACCGCUGCCACAUUCACUAUGUGGCGGGGUGAGUGGCACGCUGCCUGGUAGCUGUUCGACGUUUAUCGGCUUUUUAGUUUUAAACACCGUGCCUUGGCGGAAAGAAGAGGAUUUCGUUUUAUUUAAGGUCAAAGUGACAAUGAAUGAGCAGGACAGUGGGGUGGUGUCCUUCGAUGAGUAUGUGCGGCAGAAGGCCCGCACUGUUCCCCAGCACAGGAUGAAGGAGUUCCUGGAGUGUCUUUCCAAGGGCCCCGAGGUGCUGCAGGAGUUCAACCAGCAGGAGGGUGCCGCCACCACCACAGCCAUGGUGUACCAGCAGCAGGACGCCAACUGUAUCUACACAGACAGCACAGAGGUGGCAGGGUCGCUCCUAGAGCUGGCUUGCCCGGUUCAGAUCCAAGAACAGCAUGGCCAAACCAUCAGCCAGGUUCUUCAGGUGGCCUCGCCCUCCCAGCAGGAUUUGCAGGGAAUCUCUACAGCUCAGUUCAUCCAGCAUGGAGAUCUCACAGAGGAGCAGCAACAGCAGAUUCAGGCACAGCUGGUUGCAGCUGUAGCCGGAGGACAACAAAUCCAGUUACAAGGAACGCAACAUAUUCAGCUGCCAGGGGGCCAGCAAAUUCAGCUUCAGGCUGGUCAACAUAUUCAGUUACAAGGAGGCCAACAGAUUCAACUGCAGGGUGGACAACAUAUUCAACAGAUUCAACUGCAGGGUGGACAACAGAUUCAACUGCAGGGUGGACAACAGAUUCAACUGCAGGGUGGACAACAGAUUCAACUGCAGGGUGGACAACAGAUUCAACUGCAGGGUGGACAACAAAUUCAACUGCAGGGUGGACAACAAAUUCAGCUACAUGAUGGCCAACAGAUCCAGAUCCAGACCAUAGAGGCCAUGUCUCCUACCCAUCAACAGGACUCUCCUAGGGAGGUAGAGAGGAGGUCUGGUUCUGCCUCAGCUGUUCUCCAACCUGCCAAGAAACGUAAGGUGGAUGUCCCUCUAGCUGUUUCCUAUGCUGUUCCACAGGGUCAGCAGGUGGCUACUGUUCUGGCCAUCCCUCAAGGGCAGCAGCAAAGCUAUGUGUCGCUACGACCAGAUUUGCUCACUGUUGACAGUGCUCAGCUGUUCAGCACCACAGGGACAAUCACAGGUCCCACAGGUGAGACCUGGACCAUCCCUGUGUACUCUGCGCCACAACAGCAGGGUGUAACUCACAUUGCCUUACCACAGGAAACGUACAGCACAGUGCAAGUUACCACCACCAACGGUAAGGACAAAAUGUCCCCAAGGUCUGCAGAUGUGCAGCUGGCCUCCGCUGGGACACAGGAAGAAAUGGUACAGACCCUGUUCCCAGCGCAGUUCAUGAACGGGAACAUUCACAACCUUGUGGCAGUGCAGGCUGUAGGAGGGACUUACAACACUACACAGUCGGUGCACAUAUGGGACCCAAAUCAACAGAGUCAAGGAGAAGAGGGGCAAGAACAGCAGCUCCAUCUGCAGGGUCAAGUACAGACGGAGGCUGAAGCUGAACCGCCAACUGAAAUUCUGGUUCCUGUCUGUCUAAAGCCAGAGGAAGGCCUGGAGGUCUGGCGGCUUUGGGCGAAACGGAAAAACAUAGAGUUAAGCAAGCAGGAGAAAACCAGUCUUGCCCCAAUAGGACGUCGCCAGCCGCUGCGUUUUCAAGAAGACUUGGUGUCUAGUGCUGUAGCCGAGCUAAACCUGGGUCUUUCCCUGAUGACGCAGGAAGCACGUGGAUCAGAAGAAGAAGAAUUUUCCCCUGACGUUCUGUAUUAUGUAUUCUUGUGUAUACAAAAGUACAUCGCCGACAACGGACGUGUGGAUGAUGUUUUCGCUGAUCCAUAUUACACACGUUUCUGUGCCUCCUUACACAACAUCCUUGAUGGCUGGAAACCAAGUGUCCACCCGUUAGGUUACAUCAUUCCAAGUCAUGUGACAGAGGAGAUGCUGUGGGAGUGUAAACAGCUCGGUGCACAUUCGCCAGCCACACUCCUCACUACCCUAAUGUACUUCAAUACAAAGUAUUUCUGCCUGAUUACACCUGAACAGCACAUGAAAGUAGCUUUCUCUAAGGUCCUCAGACACACGAGGAAGAACCCCACCAAUGCCAAGGACAAAGCAACCAGCAUCCGCCUUCUCAAAGGACAAGGUCCACACAGUGCCGGACAGAAAGGAACUGACGACAUGUAUGAAGAACAGAUUGAAGAUCCGGAGAAUCCACUUCGCUGUCCCAUUAAACUUUAUGACUUUUACCUCUUCAAAUGUCCUCAGAGCAUUAAAGGACGCAAUGAUGCGUACUACAUGACUCCAGAACCUGUCGUUGCACCCAACAGCCCAAUGUGGUACUCAUCGCAGCCGCUCACAAAUCAGCAAGUGGAACAAAUACUGGCUCGCAUCAUCGUGGUCCGAGAGAUCCAGGAGAUUAUUGGUGUCAGUGCAGAGAACAUGGGCUAAACUGAGCGGACUGUCUGGACUGAUGGGGACUCGUUCCACAGUCACUGAUUGUUGACUAUGCAGUAGCUGUCCUGACUUUAAACUUCACUGGCCAUCUCAAAUAAAAUGGAUCAACUUCUGAAA